UGCCGAGAGUCUAAAGACUGGUUCAGUGACCCUGAGCCUGAUUACACCGCAAACGUUCCGUUCCAAGAAGACGCCUCACCGGUCGGAUCGCAAUACGCUUCGUGGUUAGCCUACGCGACUAUCAAGCGACUAUAAAGGCACCGGUCAUUCACCUGCAGUUUCGCUCUUCUGGUUUUCUUCCCCUCAGCCGUUGAGACCUCUUCUUCUAUCAUCGUACUUCCCUUUUCACACUUGCGUGCAACUAUUCAACUCCUACUCUACGCAUUUCUUCUUCCCUUUCCCUCUGACCUCCUAUCUUCAUUCUACGAAUAGCAACGAUGGCACCAGCGCUGCUAUUUGAUGAGAACGGCACUUCCAGUCCAGCAUCCGAGAGCAGCAUCUCAUCAUCAGCCAUGGAUGAAGCCCCUGCACUGACCAUUUCUCAAAACCGCCGGAGCCGUCGAAACCGCAACAGUCUUCGCAGUCCUUUACUCAAACGCAGUGCGAGGGGUCCUCCACUAAUACUGGAAGAGGCCAAGGGAAAUUGGCUGUCAGUCUCGGACGAAACGAAGGCCUGGAGGAUUUUUGAUGCUUCUGGGGGUGCCGCUGUAUCGAAUAUUGGUCACAAGGACCAAAGAGUAUAUGAUGCUAUCAGACAGCAAGAAGAAACUGGUGUCGGGUACGCCGCAUCGAUGAGCUUCCAAACUGAAGUUGCAGAGGAUUUUGCAGAUUUCCUUCUUGAAUCAACGGACGAUAAGAUGACUGAGGUGGUUUUCUAUGGAUCUGGUUCUGAGGCUAAUGAGGCAGCUCAAAAGCUAGCUUACCAAUAUCACUCCAAACUGAAGGACAACCCGCAACCCCAGCGCCGUUGGUUUAUUGCCCGCGAUCGAUCCUAUCACGGGGCGACGCUCGGUGCUCUUGAGGGCAGUGGGCACAAGGGCCGCAAGGACAUGUACAAGCCUAUUCUACCGGAGAAGACUCAGUUCAUAUCGCCUUGUAAUCCUUGUCGCGAUAUGAUUAAGGGAGAAACGACAGCUCAGUAUGUUAAGCGGCUUCAAGACGAGUUGGAGCGCAAGAUACUUGACCUUGGCCCUGAGACAGUAGCCGGCUUCGUUAUGGAGCCUGUAGUUGGCGCGGCACUUGGAUGCGUUCCUGCAUUACCCGGAUAUCUUUCGGCCAUGAAGAGCGUAUGCAAAAAGUACGGGGUACUCUUCAUUCUGGAUGAGGUCAUGAGUGGCAUGGGCCGCACCGGCUAUAUGCAUGCCUGGCAAGAUGAGGAUGUCGUUCCAGACAUCCAAUUGGUAGGCAAGGGACUUGCAGGCGGUUACGCAGCCAUAUCCGCGAUGCUCGUGGGACCAGUGAUAACGGAUGCUCUUGGAGAAGCUGCCUUCGCCCACGGUCAUACCUUCCAGAACUUUCCCGCAGCAUGCGCUGCUGGUCUUGCAGUGCAACACAUCGUUCGAGAUGACAACCUCCUAGAGAAUGUUAGAGACAAAGGGGACAAGCUGAUGAAGAAAUUGAUGACUCGUCUGAGUGAUCACCCCAAUGUAUUUGACAUCCGAGGUAAAGGUCUGUUUCUAGGGAUCGAGUUUGUGCAAGAUAAGAAGACCAAGGCACCAUUUGACCCUGAAGUGGCAGUGGCCUGGCGGGUCCAUGAGCUAGGUAUGUUCGUUCUACUUUUGCGAGUAAUUCACCGACUGACUACUACAUCAGGGCUGAAAGAUGGAUAUAACGUCUAUAUGUAUCCAGGAUCCGGUACAGUUGACGGCAAUCGUGGAGAUCACGUCAUCAUCGCCCCUGCAUACAACAUCACCGACACUGACGUCGAAUUUAUCGUCGACCGUGUCAGUAAGACAGUCUUUGACUUCUUCGAGGAACUCAGCAUCGCCCCGAAGUUGUAACCACCAACGCCUUGGCAACUCCGCCCAUGCCGAACGAGAACAUUGGACAGACGAACAUGUCUCACUUGACAAGAAUAAUCAUGAUUCACGGACUUCUUUUUAUUGUUACUGUCUGGGCGGCUUUUGUGACGAGCAUGCGCGCGGUGGCUUUGUGAUGAUUGUCUGGGACCGGAUUUUUUGGAGGUUCCAUUGC